AGUCACAUCAAAAUUUGAGGUUAGACAAUUUUCUUGCUUGUCAUUUUAAAAAACGCCGAUAUCAUGUCUCGUGAAAUCUGGUGUACAGAGAAAUCUCAACUUUUAAAAACUGCAGAUAACAGAAUACCGGUCUUAAACGACAUAAAAGAUUACAUCUCAAGUUUACCUCAUGAUGAAGCGAAAGAGACAACAACCCUUUUACAGCUACCUCUCGUUUUUGAUUGUUUAAACGAUUCAAGCGAUGAACAAAUUGAAUUAGCAUGUGAGGUACUUACAGUGUGUUUAAGUACCUUAGAUUUGGGUGAUGGAACAUCUCAUUUUUUCACCGAUUUAGGAAGGGCUUUAAACCAUCCUCACGCCCAAGUUAAAAUAAUGGCCUUAAACGAGAUUUUACGUGAUUCUAAAUUUAUUUUUAAUAAGAUUAGUUUGGUUAAUUUUAAAACUUUGUAUGGUUACGUUGUUAAAUGUAUCGGUGAUGAAAAUCUUUCUGUUGCAACAGUUGCUUGCGAUGUAGUCUCAGAAAUAUGUAAAACACCUCAAGGAAUUAAUUUAUUAAUCUCCCAGGAAGUUAAUCCAAUCCUAGUUGAGGUUACAUCAUCGAAUGAAAUGAAUAGGAUCCGAUUUCAUCAAGUCGUUAUUAACAUAGCGAAAAUAUCACCUGAUUUAGCUAUUGAAAUGGAGAAAAAUGGAUUUUUAAGGGAUGUUAUAGAUGAAUUAAACUCAAAGGAUGUUUUGGUUCAAUUAAAUAUAAUUGAGUUGCUCUCAACUUUCGCCGAAACGGAGCAUGGUUGCACGUAUUUGGAGAAUUGUAAGGUUUUAUCAAAACUUUGUGAUUCAUUACAAGAUACGGAAAAUGUUGUUUAUCUCCAACUUUGUGAACCAGGAAUUUUAAAAUUUUUUGGCCACAUCGCCCAUCAAAACCCGGAUAUUCUCAUCGAAACUUACCCCUUCGUUCUAAAUCACCUCUUCAUGAAUUUAAAUUCAAACGAUAACACCACUUUAGGAGUAACGCUUAACACGUUAAGUUACAUUGUUGACACGGAUGAGUCAAAAUUAAAAGUCGAUAGGAUUGGUGUAAAUUUAUAUAAAUCGAUCACAAAAAUAGUGGAAGGAUUAGGCGUUUUUCCGAACGAUAUAAAAGUGAAAGCUUUACAUUGUUUAGCAAAUUUUUUAAAUGUAAAUGGAAGUGAUCGAAAUGUAACGGAAACGACUCGGAAAUGGUACGGAUUUAUGACUGAAAAUCCGAUGGAUUGGAUAAUGAGAUAUGCUAAAAAUCCUUUUAAUGAGUUAAAAAUGGGGGGAUUAGUUGUUUUGGGGUCUUUAUCGAAACAAUAUUGGGGCCACGAAGUGAUGAGAAAUACACCAGGGUUGAUCGAAUUUUUGAUGGAUCGAAAUAUCGAGACGAUUAAGGAGUGUAAAGUUUUAAAAUUCGAGAUUGUGAAGAGAUUAGCUGAGAGUCCUUCGUUUAAUCAUGAGAUGCAAAGAUCUAUGAAGGUUUUUGUUAAUGAGGGGCCUUUUUAUGUACAGGGUGUUACUGAAAUCGCUUUAGAAGGAGAUGAUUGAAAAGGUUUUUUGGUAAUUUUAAUAUGUAAAGAAAAUAAAUAUGCUUUGUAAUGAUAAAA